UUCUUGCGUGACGUCCUCCGCCCCACACACGCCCUCACAACCACUCCGCCUCCAGCACCACUCCUCUCCAAAAGAAACCCACCGCAAAGGCCAGUACCCUCAGAGCAGCCCGCGCGUAAUCUCUCUCCUUUUUCCCACCCCCGCGAGAAAAGAAAGAUGGCUCGCACUGCUUUCGCUGCUCUGGCCUUCGGCAUGCUCGGUGCCGUCAACGCCCUGGAGGUCACCUCGCCCGCCGCCGGGGACAUGAUCGUCGCCGCCAGUUCUACCACCGUGGAGUGGACCGGAACCUCGAGCGGGCGCUUCGACAUCGACCUCUACUACUGCGGCUCCGUGUGCAUGGAAGACGAGUGCGGGGACUGGGUGACGGCCCUUUGCCCCUACGGCGACGACGGUUGCCCCGACACCCAGGGAGACUACGACGUCGUUAUGCCCGAGCCCAUGGACGGUACCUCCAGCGGCUACAAGGUCAUGGUCACUGACUCCAGUGAUGAGUCCGACAUGGGCUGCUCCGGCGAGUUCACCCUGGUAGCGUCCGCGGAUGCGCCCGACGCGAGCGAAUCGGGAGCCUACGUCACCGUCGAAUCUCCCUCAGCCGGUGACACAGCCAUGGCGGGUGGGGAGUACACCGUUGAGUUCGACCACGACAACGGCUUUGGCUCCUCCGUGAACCGGUUCUCCAUCGACCUUUACAUGUCCGGCGGCUCCGGCGACUGUGGAACUUACGUGACUUCUAUCUGCGACAAGUCCAGCAUCGGCUGCAAGGACUCGCAGGGCGACUACGACGUGGUGAUCCCCUCGGACACCGAGUCCGGCAUGUACUCGAUCCGAGUGGGCGUCUUCGAGGAUCCCGACGUGUUCGGCUGCUCCGACUCGUUCGAGAUCAUCGGCGGCGAGUCCAGCAUGAGCGUUCGAUUCUAAGAGAAUGUCCUCUGCGAUCUAUCUGAUAGGUUCCUUUGAAAUUUAAGCUGGAAAGAAUGACUGAUUGACAGGAUUUCGUUCUGUAUCGGUAGAAGACGUUAGAAUGUAGGCUUUUUUGGUGGACAAAAUGUUCUCUUGUAGUCUUAUUUGAGUCUAGUUAUCGGGUUGAACGAUCGAUCGAGUGCGAGAAAGGAUAGGUAGGGCAAUGCCAAAGAGAAGAUGUAGAAGCACACGCAACCUCGUUUGCGAACGCGCAAUAAAAGACGUUGGGCGGGGUUCGGACAAAUUGGCGAAAUUAUACAUGUGCUCCGUUGACCUAGUUACGUUUAUCUCGUGGGGGUCCUUUCCAUCUUUCGUCUUUUCCUUCGUACGUGUGGUCUCCUCCGGUAGUCUUGCCCCCCGCCUGCCACAGCCUUCAUCCUCUUGCUUGGCGUCGUGUUGAUCGUGUCGGGGUAUCGUUUCUCCGCCAUUGUGGGCACAAAGGGUAUCGGCAGGUAGGGGGGUGGGUGCAUUUGCGCCGUCGUGUAUCGGAAUUCUCUCUGUUUUAUCGUGACUUGAUUUUGUCUCUUGGGACGAGAACGAUGCCUUUGGCGGACAUGUGACGGUUAAAAAAUAAAGUUAGACCAUUUCCGAAUGAGUCGCCUUCAUUCGCUUGGCGAGAGGGCGAGUUUGGGCCAUUGCCCUCUCCUCUCCAAAACUUGAAUCAUCUGUAAUACUACUGCUGUGGUACCCUGAGGAGGUUUGGACAGCCAAAUGUUUCGUUGUAUUGGAGAGUCUUGUCUACGUGGGCAUUUAGCUACAUAGCGUUCGGGCGUGCCUCCCUCCACCACCCCACCGGCCCCUCUUCUGGUUCUACUUGCUGUUAACCUUUUAAUCUAUACAAUAUUUGUUUGGGUGGCUCCUACCGUGCGAAGCGAAGCCGCCUUACGAGGAGAGAAAAUGCUAGUUGACGUCGGCCCGUCCAUGUAGAGCCUGAUGUUCUCACUUUUUCCCAACCAUUUGUCUUGUGAACUUUUCGGCACGAUUCGUCUUCGUCGACCGUUUAUCCGGGUCUGUGUGCGUUAGCGUGUGCCGUGAUCUCUGACCAGCACGCGCGCAGUUGUUGCCCUUCCUAUGUUCCGUUGACGCGAAACCGAUUGUCUCUUGAAAUGGUGGCGAAAGGAAUUUAAGUUACAGAGGGAGGCAUUUGGGUGUCUGGGUGCUUUGGGACGCUCUUGCUCUUUCUUUUCAUGAAGGCACUCUCACGCUUCGUGGUUGCUUUCUUGCUACAACCAGAUAACGAUUUGCCAAGAAUGAAUCCAGAUUUUGAAAUGUUGCGGCGUCGAUUGCGCCCAACUUGUCUGGCAAAGAUUAUCUCGUUGUCGAUUGCGUGCUCUGCCGCGGGGAAUGCGACGCUUCCCCAAUUGCAUAUUGACGUAUUUAGCCAGCACAAUCUUCCAAAAACGCGUUACUGGAACAGAAAUCUUGUCCGAAAUU